GGACAGUUCACCAUCUGCCAGUCUUUCCCUUGGCUUUAAGGUCAUUCCUCGGGAUUAAAAGUACUGAAGUAUCCCAUGGUCCCAACCUUCAGUGGCGCUUUCAUGAACACGCUGCGGGUUAAAUCUCCUAUUCUUUUCUGCAACGGUCAAAAGGCUGGUGAGUGUCCGCUUUCUCAUUUACUGUCCGCGAGCAUCAGAUGAUCAAAACAAGAGCACUAGUCUAUUAGUCAAGGUCCUCAUCUUCUGUCAAUUGCCGGUAAUUUCUCGGCUCAGCCUAGACCCCUUCUUUCAGCAGUUCCUGUUUAUCCUUUCCUGUAUUUCUCUCAUACUUUCUUUUUAUAUCCUUAGUGCUGGGGAAUAUUUUCUGUUUUGUACCUAGCGUUGUAUCGAAUAUUUUUUCACCUCCAGCAAGUGGCAACUGGCUCUAACCUCACCAGAUACAUAAACCCAGAGGAUGUGUUUGUGACCUAACCCGCAGCAACCCAUUUCGCGCGUAGAACAGACUCCAGUCAACCUCGAUGUUAAGGAACGUGGAUUUUUCCCGCUGGCAUGUGGAUAUCGACAGAUACCUGAAUCCGUUGGUUCCACGCCCGCCAUGGCGCUGGCUACCUCGUCCCAUCUCUCACUUCCUGGGAUAUAGAGGGGACAAACCUCCAAAGAAUUUGGGCAACCUCGUGCUCGCCUUCUGGUCUUUGAUCGGCGUCUUCUGUGGUGUAUUAGUUGUCGCCGAAGUAUCUUUGCAUGUCCCCUCUUUCCAGCACCAUCAUGCACCAAUUAUUGUGGCUAGUUUUGGUGCCGCAGCUGUGCUGGAGUUUAGCGCUAUUGAGUCACCAUUUGCACAACCGCGCAAUGCCGUCCUAAGCCAGGUCAUGGCGAGCGCUAUUGGUAUCGGGAUUGGUAGGCUCUUCGCCUUAAAUCCCCAUGCUAAUUCACUACCUCAGAUUGGGGGAGCUCUGGCCUGUGCAAUUACCACCUCCGUAAUGGUUCUGACGAAGACUGUUCAUCCGCCCGCUGGCGCAACAGCUCUCCUCGCUGUCACCGAAGGGUACGAAAUCGGCUGGUAUCUGGUCCUGAUUAUGUUUCUUGGGUGUAUCAUGAUGCAAGCCGUGGCACUGGUGAUCAAUAACAUUCAACGACGGUUUCCGGUGUAUUGGUGGACCCCUGAUCCUCUGCCACGUCCCAAGGUUGUGGUUGAGGACACUGAAAGUGCUCGAGAAGGCAAGCAAGAGAGCUUGGCCCCUAGUGCAUCAGACGAUGACACUGAAGCUACCGUUCCAGCACGAAUUGUUAUUGAGGAAGGGAAGGUUUCAAUACCGGAUAAUGUUUGGAUAACGGCAGAGGAAAAAGAGUUUUUGGAAAAAAUCAGUCAGCGCAUACGUUAAUACAUAUCACCUUGUUGUCCGAUAUCACACGUUUGGGCCAUAUACCCACUGUCUAUCAAGCGGCCUAAGCACAUGCAUAUUUUCCCCAUCUAAUUACUGAACCAUCAUCUAUACAGAUAGAAAUAGAGAAUAUCUACACUAUUGUUAGUACCAACCACAGCUUGC